CUUUAAUCCCCAGUAGCUACGUUAGUGUAUCUGUAUAUUCUUCUUAUUACUUAACACAACAUUGUGUCUCUGUUAUCUGCACACACCGCACUAUGCUGCCUUUCUCACUGCUGCUCCCACUGCUCAUGCUGCUGCUUCUUCUGCUGUGGGUAUAUCUGUACCUGCGGUUUGUCUGUGGAUGGGGGUGCUUGUUUCAGGAAACCUGCCUUCGUAUUCCGCAGCCACUAGUUACAGAUCAAAAGGCCAGACACAAGGUGCUCAAACUAGGUUUCUCCAAGAGCAGGAUCCCAGAUAAUCUUGAUGCAGUGGUUAUUGGAAGUGGUAUUGGAGGUCUGUCUGUAGCUACAGUGCUGGCAAAAGCUGGAAAGAAGGUUUUGGUCCUGGAGCAGCACGACCAGGCUGGAGGGAGCUGCCACACAUUCCAACAGCAUGGCUAUGAGUUUGAUGUUGGACUGCAUUAUUUGGGGCAGAUGCAUGAAGGGGGAAUGUUACGGGUAAUCAUGGACCAGUUAACAGAGGGUCAACUUCAAUGGAAUCGCCUGGAUAAUCCAUAUGACACUAUCAUGCUUGGGCAGAGUCAGUACCACCUUUUUGCUGGUAAAUCGGAGUUCCCAGAUAAACUAAAGAAGCAGUUCCCUGGAGAGGAGGAAGCCAUUGAUAAGUUUGUGUUCUUGAUGAAGAAAGUCGCUAGAGAGGUCCCUUUGUUGGCAAUUCUGAAGAUUCUCCCUCAGCGCUUGUGCCUGCUCCUCCUACGCUUUGGACUGCUGCACCGACUGUCCUCCGUAUUCUGUCUAGCUGAGUCCAGUCACCAAGAUGUUAUAAAUGGUCUGACCAGUAACAAAGAUCUACAAACCAUCUUUAGCUAUCUCUUCUAUGGUGUCCCCCCAAAUGAUUCCAGCUUUGUUAUCAAUGCCCUUCUGAUUCACCACUACAAGAGAGGGGCCUGGUACCCCAGAGGAGGCAGCAGCGAGAUUGCAUUUCACAUGAUCCCUGUGAUUCAACGAGCAGGUGGGAAAGUGCUGGUCCGUGCUACAGUUACACGCAUUCUUGUAAACAAUGGCAGAGCCACAGGAGUUGCUGUGCAAAGACCAGAAGGUGAGAUCUACAUUUCUGCCCCAGUUAUUAUAUCAGACGCAGGAAUCUUCAAUACGUAUGAGCAGCUGCUACCUAAGGAGAUCAAGGAAACCCCAGAUGUGCGCUCCCUUUUCUCAAAUUUGCAGUAUGGCAUGGGCUGUUUUCUUGUCUUUGUUGGUCUGAGAGGAACAACGAAGGAGUUGGGUUUGAAAUCCACUAAUCUCUGGCUGUAUCCAAAGGGUGACCUCAACAGUCUGAUGGGGCAAUACUCUUCUUUAGGGUGGGAGGAGGUAUGUAAGAACCUACCCUUAAUGUUUAUCACCUUUCCCUCUGGUAAAGAUCCAACAUACAAUCAGAGACAUCCAGGCCGCUCUUGUAUGACUCUUCUCUCCAUGGCUCCUUUUGAUUGGUUUUCCAAAUGGUCAGGGCAGCGGCCAAGGCACCGAGGAGAGGAUUAUGAAAGCAUUAAGAUGCAGUUGGCAGAAAGGAUGCUGGAAAGAGCCAUGGAGGAGUUCCCUCAGCUCAGGGACAAGGUUGAAUAUAUGGAGGCAGCUACCCCACUAAGUAAUGAAUAUUACUUACGGUCACCUAAGGGCUCUAUGUAUGGAGCAGAACAGAACUGCAAUCGAUACCAGAGUGAGAUUAUCAUCAGGAUGAGAGCACAGAGUGUUGUACCAGGUCUCUACCUAACAGGACAGGACGUAUUCUCCAGUGGUGUGGCUGGGGCCCUACAUGGCGGUCUGCUUUGUGCAUGUGCAGUGCUCAACCGUAUCCUGUAUUUGGAAUUAUUGUUCCUCAAGAAGAGACUGAAACGGCAAAGACGAUGAAACAAGUUUACCCAA